CGGGUACUCCAGAAGCGAAGCGAUCUUGGAAUCAAAGGUUGAGUCGAAGGUUCAGAUCGAAAGCCACGCAACAGAUGUACCUGUCGUCCAAAGGUCAAUGGCUUCUGAUCAAGACCUGGCUGCUGAGGAUUUCCUAUGUUGGAAGGAACGAUUUUGUCGAAUGGGAGACCGUGAUCGUUUGGAUGGUUCUUUAUUCUGACACGGUAGACCUCGGCUUUGAUCGCCAACUCUCCUCGAACUGCAUACUGGACACCGAGGAGAGCGGGAUUUACGGAUCCCAGGGUCAACGCGGAGGGUGAGUGCAUACUAGAUGGAGGUACCACCAAGAAGCGAGCCUGAUCACGUAGCGGUAUUGACCGGAAGAGCUGGACGGAGCCAGGCCGCCCAAGGUAUCUUUGUACCAACAUGCAGUGUGUUCACACAGUCAGCUGAUGCAAUGACUUAUUUCCCACCUUUACCUUGCUUGCAAGGUCACUUUCCAGCCUGGUAUUCCUUAGCCUUUUUCCCACCCUCUUUAUAUUGUUUGUUUUUUUCCCACCCUCUCUUUUCUCCAGUAAUGUCACGUUGCUCCUUUUCCUGCCCCCGUUCAGCAGACGCAAGGGACUGGGAAGAGGGAUUGGUGUUAAGGCUAGAUAGAACUUGUGUUAUUUCUUCAUUUUCUGCACACCCCAAUCUCCUCCAAAGAUGGUCUAUAUGGCCAUCCCCACUGGUUCUACAUGGGAAUAAAGGCACCUCAGCAUCUGCUGAGUGCCAGCUGACCAAAGCGCCGCCGUGCUUCGACUUUCUCUGACCCUUUCCUCUCGUUCUGAGGCCAGUGGCGAUUCCUA